CUGAACGCUGCGGGGCUCUCACACCGACACUCAAACUCUGAAAACACAAUUACACGCAAAAGCAGAAUGUGUGGAUAUCAUGCAGUCACAUGAAACCACUUUAUUUCUAGCUGAUAAACACACGAACCACCUCUGCUCUUCCUGUUUUUGGUGUGUUUUUCUCUGUGUGUGAUCGGAGGGGGACACUGGAUUCAGAAACGGGGAAAAACAGGAAUGUUUCUUCCGGUUCCAACGAGUGUAAAAACCGAACGGAAGCCGAUGUGGUCUUUGUAGUCUGUCAGCAUACUCUUGUCCUCCUACCUUCGCUUCCGCUACCCGUGCCUCAUUGAACGCUGUGCGACUCAGCUCUGCUGCCGGCUUCAGUUUCCCCCCAACUGCAGGAAAAACCAUUGAGACAGGAGAGAGGCCUCUUUCUCCAGGACUGCAGCCGGCUUUUCUCAGAGCUCUGACCAACCCCCCUCCUCUUCCUCCUCCUCCUUCCACUUCAUAACCAUAACUUCCAAACCUCAGGCCAGUUGCUCGCUGCUUCACCACAGACACGGUUGGCAUUCAUUCUUACUGGGCAGAAGGAUCAUCGUCCAUUGUCCCCCGACUGACUCCGGAGUGGUGCACCUUCAGUGGGGGAGGGAGGGGAAGGAAGGCAGCUGAACGCCGUGCUGCUUUCCCCGGAGAUGAAGCUGCAGGCUGUCAUGGAGAACCUGCACAGGCAGCAGAGGGCCAAGCUGCUGAUGGAGCAGCAGCUACAGCAGCAAGCCGCCGCCCAACAAACUCAGGUCCGCACAAUUGUUGGAGGAGGGGAUGAGCCGAUGGGGAGCCCGGCCCCUGAGGCGGAGCAGGCCCAGAUGGCAGCGCUGGCGGCUAUGCGUGCCGCCGCGGCCGGGCUGCAGAGGGUAUCAGACAGCCCCAUGUCAGAUCGCAGCAGUGGUGGCGAGGACGAAGGUGAUGAUGAUGACAAUGAAGAUGGCGAGGAGCAUUACAAGGACAUGAUGGGGUCAGAUGAGGAGGAGCAGAUCAAACAGAAAUGGGACGAGGAAGACUUUGAAGGCGAGAUGGAAGAAGACUUUGAUGACGACCUGGCGGAAGAGGGUCUGCCGACGGGCCAUGAUGCGGUGGCUCCUGGGAAAGGCAUCCUUCUGCUGCCCCACCGCCAACUCCACCCUCAUUCCCAGCUGCUAAAGGCCCGUCCCAGUGUCGAGCAAGAGGCCCGCGUAGCAAUCCUGCCUCCCCACGCCACGCACAGCCAUCUGGGCGGCCAGGACCACGGAGAAUGGACCUACGAGGAGCAGUUCAGACAGCUAUAUGAACUGGAUAGAGACCCAAAGAGAAAAGAGUUUCUUGAUGACCUCUUCAGCUUCAUGCAAAAAAGAGGAACCCCAGUGAAUCGUAUUCCCAUCAUGGCCAAGCAGGUCCUGGAUCUGUACAUGCUCUACAGGUUGGUGACAGAGAAGGGCGGCCUGGUGGAGGUCAUCAACAAGAAACUGUGGAGGGAGAUCACCAAGGGACUCAACCUGCCUACCUCAAUCACCAGUGCAGCCUUCACCCUCCGCACACAAUACAUGAAGUACUUGUACCCAUACGAAUGUGAUAAGAGGGCACUGAGCAACCCUAACGAGCUCCAGGCAGCCAUCGACAGCAAUCGGCGGGAGGGCCGACGACAGAGCUUUGGCAGCUCCCUCUUCACCUACUCGCCCAAUGGGACACCCACUAUGCUCUCCUCGCCGAAGCUCCCCUCAGCCAGCGUGGGCCUGACAGUGGGCACCAACGGGGCCUCGCUGACCACCAUCCAGAAGAUCAAGAAAGAAGAGGAGGGAGGCCAGACACUGCCGGGGCUCGGUGUGGCUCGUCUGUCAGCGGGAGCUCUGGCUGGGCACUCGGUGGCUGCUGUGCAGGCAGCAGCAGCUCAGGCAGCCAUGGCGGCUCAGGUGGCAGCUCUGGAGCAGCUGAGGGACAAACUGGAGGCCGGCGAGCCACCAGAGAAGAAGAUGGCGUUGCCGGCCGAGGAGCACCAACGACUGCUGCAGAGAGCGCUGCAACACAACCUGCUGGCCAUGACCGCUCAGAUACCCAUGAACAUCCGCAUCAAUAACCAAGAGGGCAGACAGGACUCGGCCCUGAACCUCACAACCAACGGCACAAGCAGCAUCAGCAUGUCAGUGGAGCUCAAUGGAGUAAUGUAUACUGGCGUUCUUUUUGCUCAGGCAGCAGGAGGGUCGGCCCUGUCCGGUGCACCUGGAUCAUCCGUCUCCAACAAGACGGUCAGCAGUCGUGUCGCUCCACAGCAGCAGCAGCAGCAGCAGCAGCAGCAGAACACACCUACCUCAACCUCAACUUCCAGCAACCCAUUGUCUUAACAAACCCCCAGCCUUUCCGCUUUUAUUUUUUUUUUAAUUACCACGCUAAGUAAAGCCAAAAAUCAACCUCAUUUUCUACAUAAUCUAUGCCAAAAAGAGAAGAACCAUAAACUGUACAGAAUGACACAAACUGAAACUCAGAUCACUUGAAGUACACUAUCUCAGGUUUUCUCUCACCAACUCACCUCUUUUGUUCUUCAUAGCCAAAAUGAUUUCGGAAAAAAAAGAAAGUAUAUCUCAACUGAGAGCCAGUAUAUGCUAAACAAAUAUGUAUGCACAACCUGUGAAUUAUUUAUUUCUGCAUAAAUGUACAGAUUAUCGGAGAACAAAAGAGAAGGUAAUAACUAGGAAGGGUAAUGCACUGUUUACACACACAAACACAGCUACUGAUUGACAGCAAUGUUUUAUCCUCUAGGGGAGAGAUUUUUUUUAUUUUAUUUUACCUUUUCAUUGUCAUUAGUGUCAUUAUUGUUAUUCUCUUUACUGUGUUUUAUCAUUUAAAUCUUUAACAAUCCUCUCACUGCAGGAAAAAAAAUUAUAUAUUUAGAAUUCUAUAAAAAAAAAAGAAAAUAUGAAUAUUCUCUAUUUUUAAUCAGAAAAGCUUUAAAGGUAUAUGUUGUUUCGUCAGGGCAUAUAACAAUUUACCGUUGUGACCUCAUUGUGUGUAAAACCUUAUUUACAUGGCAGCCAUUUUGGAUCUCUGUUUGGUCCGGUGCAGGUGUGCGCUCCCAUUUUGAUCCACGUCAUAUCAAAGCCACAGAUUUCUCCAAUGAAACACAAAUUUAAAACAAGAAUCUGAAAGAGAAUUUGCAAGAAUAUCGGUUCACUUUUUUCACACAUUUGAUCCAUUAUUGAUCGCUACCAUCUGGGUUGUAGCUAUACUUAGCUACAAUGCUUUGUAGCGGAUGAAUUCAAGCAGUUGUUGUGGUUCUUCUUCCUGAGAACAGCUCGCUUUUUUCUAUCUCCACACCUGUUUGUUGACCUAAGGCCAGUUUAAUGCAGAUCUGCACUGAUCUCAUUUGUCAAGCUUAGUGUUCAAAAUGGCUGUUUUGUCAGAGUAAGGUCAGGUGUGCAGGUGGGAAAAAUGAACUAAAGCCUUUCUUGAGGGUUUUUCUUCCCCUUUGCUGCACCUCAACACGCUGGACUUUCCAAGCCUCAGCGGCAUUCACACCGACUGUUGCUGUUUGAGGUUCAGAUUGUAUGUGAAUAACACGCGAUUGUUCUCAGGUGUCCAAUCUGCUCAUCGCUUUGUACAACAUCUUGACAGAGCAAUGCUUUUCAACAUCUUUCUCUGUGGAAAGAUCAAUUUUCAGCUUUUUUUUUUUCUAACCUAACUUGGCCUUCUAGUGGAGUGAUUGUCUUAAGGUCAGAUGCAUGCCUGUAUUUGUAGAUAAAGCCCUCCAGCGAUCAGGAGUGAGUCAGGAAAACUAUGGCUUCCUGUCUUAAAGUCACAAGAACCGUGUAUUCACUAAAUCCUUGUCAUUGUGGAGACACUCACAUGGACAAUCAGGUGUCAGGAGAUGCUAUGUGAGCUUCAGAAGAAGUUAUCUCAGCUCACAUCUGACAAUUUGUUUUGUAUUAUAGAUUACAGAUGCUUUUAUUUUUUGUUUCAGCUUUGUGUUUUGCAUGACUUAGUGCUUAUUUGGGUCCAAGCACUUCUUAUCCUGAGCUGCGACAAGGACCGGGUCUCCUUGACACGGGCAAGGAUAUAACAGAGAAUGUCUUGGGAUCCUCUCACUGUUUUUAGAUGUUGCUUAAUUAAUCGGGGCUUUUGACAAUGUGAUCUCAGAGGUAAUCAUAGCUGCGGCUGAGCGCUCGCCAUGUCUGUGUUUGUACGAACACACACGCUGCAGUUUUAUAAGAGGUUAAAUCGACCACAGUGGAGAUACCAUAUCAUUCAUGUGUAGCCGUGUUGCUGCAAGUAGAUCAUUCAUUUAGCUUUUUGAACUUUAACCUGUGUUACCUCUCUGGACUGUUAAAGAUUGUUACUCUCCUCCCACCGACCCCGACCCCCUAUGCAAAGCAGCCUCAUUCCUACUGACGCUAGGAAGAAAAUCAGGCUUUGUAUGUGGGUUCUGUUCUGAGGCCUUAACACAGCAUGAGAUGACCAGAGAGCGAGCAGUACCUCCGUCUAAUCAGUUUUUACUGUUGCAGUCAAAUAUCACCAGAUGGCUGUCGCCGCUUUGAUUCUGGACUCGCCUCUUGGUAGGAAAUCACCACCAGCUGCUACAUAAACACCGGUCAGUUUUGAAAGUACUCUUUAUACUCGGACAGCCAACAACUCUUAGUCAAAUACGCGUACAAUCAUUAAAUGCUCUCCACUCACCAGCCUCACUUGUUUUAGUACUUACAGGGAAAGAAUUUUAAAAGUUCAUCAGAGGCAGAACUAGAAGUAGAGACCAGGAUAUCAUUGGUUGACUUAUAUGUCAGUAUAACAGAAAGCCGGUGUGUUUCAGUGGUAACAAAAAAGGAAUUCUGGUCAAAAUAUUAACAGAACUUGAAAUGGAAAUACUAAUGUGUUUUAGGUGAGAAGCAGCAAAUUAAACCAGUUUGUAACAAGCGCUGCACGAGUUAGUCAAUUAACCAAUCAACAGAAAAAUAAUCGGCAACUAAUCGAUAAAACAUUGGUAAUUUUUCAGUCAGAAGUGGCAGAAAAUGCUGUUUUUCAGCCUCGCAACUCUGGACCUUACUUGCUUUCUCUGUUGGACGUCAUUAAAUCAAUAUCUUUGGGUUGUGGAAUGACAAAACAAGACAUUUAAAGACAUCGCCUUGAACAUUUAGAAACUGGGAUGGACAUUUUUCAUGAUUUCCUGACAUUUAAUAGACCAAACUAUUAAUCAAUGAAUCGAGAAAAUAAUCUGCAUAUUAUAUGAUAAUGAAAGUAAUCAUUAGUCGCAGCCCUGUUUUUAACUCACUCUCAAACUCAUUGAUGUGUUGAUGUCGCCACCUACAGGCAGCGAGUGCUACUGCUGCACUUAAUUGCUUCGUAGUUGCUGUUUUCUUUGUGUGUUUGAGGUUUUACAUUUUUACAUGCCAGGAAAACUGGCCAGAUGUCUCUAAUGGCACCUCAGCUUCGCCCAGCUACGGCCCUGUGACAUACACAAACAUGCACACACACUACACAGGACCAAGGCAAAGUUCAGAGGCUAUCAAAUAAUAAUGGAGAAUUCAUUGCAUCUCACUAACCCUUAGUGCUCUUUUAAUACUCGGACAGAAACUCACCUAGUGGCUGCAACACCAACUGUAAUAUUUUUUAAUUAAUCUUGAGCCUUCUGGGGCAUUUGUUAUUAUUUUAAUGGGACCUAAGUUUAUAGCUCAAUUGCUCAACACCAAACACAGACCUUAGUCAUGUGUGUUAGGGAAGCUUGUUUUGGCGGUUUAAAAUAAUAGAUGGAAAAACCUCAAACACUCACAGAGAGUGGUUAUUAAAGAGAAAAACCUGCAGUUGGCACAAGUGCAACAGACUGACUGAAGGGUGGCACAGGUUUGCCGCCAGUGCACCUGAAACAGCUGCUGCUGUCAUGGCUCUACUACAAGACAAAGUCUGAACCACAUCGAGGCAAAGCAGCAAAUCAACAAAACAUUGUAGGACUAGCUUUCUUCUAUUUCUUCAUUUUCUAAAGCUCCUCAGUAACAGCAGCUCUCAGGCUCUGACCACCAAUGUUUAACUCAACCAAUGAAACCGCUUUUAUGUCUGAGAAACAUUUGCAGAAGUUGUUUUACAGAUGUAGAAGAGAUGCAGUUAGUCGCAGUCAUGUGUCUCCACAGUGAAUUUAGCUAUUUGGGGAAGAGCUAGUUUGUUUUGCAGAUGUCGCUUCAGUCCGGCAGACCAAUCAACUAUUUUGCCUUUUACGAUCUAAAUAGCAUUCAUUCUGUUUUGAUGCCGUCUGAUUUCCACACUCACAACGCCAAUUGAUUAUUGAUCAGGCUCACAGUAUAGAUGCGUUACAGAGGAAUGUAUAUAGCCUAUGCAGUGAAACCUGUAGGGAACAUGUUAAACAGGCAGUGCCUUCUGGCUGCGUCCUCGCCAUGGACAUAUGAGUUGUGUUGAGAGUCGUGUACACAUGCGCACUAACAAUAGACACCUUUGACUAUAUUUAUACCUUGACUACAUGUGUUAAGCAACAGUCAUUUUGAGCUUUUUAAUUCCAAGAAACAGGGAAAGUGGUUAAAUUAGCUUUAGCUACGGAUCUGUCUCCAGCUAGCUGCAGUAUUUUAACUCUUUUAUAGUUCUUAUGAAUUUUCAAUGCUGUUUUUUUGUUUAAAACAUACGCAUUUGAUAGUAUUAUAGUUUCUCUGGUGAAGUACAAUCAAAACGUCAGGUUCUGGUCUUAACUAAAUUUUGACCAAAUGUGUAGUCACUGUUUUGCCUUCAUAGGGCAGAACAGUCUCUACAGUGAUAUUGAUGUAUGCAUGCUAUGCUAAUUUAUAGGUUUAUUGGCCAUAGAUAGAAAGACCCAGUAUGAAAAAAACAUUUGUGGAUUCCUCCACGUAAGGAGCUGUUAAUUUUAUCAGUUGCGAUGUAAACAUUUUUUCCUACUCAGUCAGUUUGAGGACGCAGAGAAAGCCCAUCAUGCCUCUCUCUGCAUGAGUAGCAGAUGUCACAGUCGCUGGUAAUGGCUGACAAUCAAAUAGAGACAUGCUGUGACUGAAAGCAUUAGUUUGGGGGGAGGGCGGCUGUAGAAAGCAAAAUUCAAUCAAUACUGAUCUAAAGGAUCAACAUUGCUUCUUUAGAGUUGACCCCAUGACCUUUUGGCCCCUGAGGCAACAUUCAAGCACCUGCCCCCUUCAGUGGAUCCAUGUUUAUCAUAUAUAUCUAUUGACCGUCUCCGUGAGAUAUUUGCAUUUGAACAGCGGAGGUACUGCAGCUCUCUCGGUCACUGGCUCCUUUUCAGUACGUGCGCAGCAGCAUCUUCAGGGAAGGUUUUUAAUUGCAUGGCAGCGACAAUCAGGAGAUGUUUUGACAACACUGUAUACCUCCAAACAUCCCUUCAACCACAAUCAAACCCCCGUUUCUACCUCAAGAACCAAUAAAGCUUUGGCAGAUUGUCUUCGCUUCAGCCGCAGCAGACUGCAGGAGGUUGAGUUCAUGCAGGAAACCCUCAUCAAAAAUGUUGUUGAUGACUUUUAUGUGAAAGAAAUUGUAAUACCACAGACAAUCAGAUAUCAACCUAAGUUAUGCAAGGGGAACAAGAGAUGUUGGUGUAGCUGAGGGUUCAAAGCCUGUGCCAAUAGCUCCCCUCAGUGGAAGGUUUUUGUUAUGACGCACAAUCAGUUUCUAAAUGGCAAUGCAAAAAGGGUCUGAGUUUAGACUGCAAGGAUUCAGCAUACUGCAGUCUGAACAUUAACAGCAAAACAAAUGCAUUUCAGUGUUCAUAUCUUCAUUUCCUUCCAGUGUUUCCUCAGUGUUUUCUUAGUUGAGCCGACGAAGCCUCUUUAGAUCAUCUCGGGACACUAAAUGCUCCACUGACACCAGACUCAGACUCAAAUAAUCAAACACUCUGUCUAGCUUGUUUCUCUGUAGCUAUAGUCCGGCAUGUUUCUCCAUAUAAUCAAAAACAUCGGAGCACUGUAGCUGUGGAAACUGUAUCAGUCUUAACUCUGCUAUGAGAGAAAAGACUCUCUAGCAGGUUGUGAUUCGGACUGGCAUUUUUAUUUCUGAAUGCUACCAGCUGCUUUUUAUGUGUCUGUGUUUCUGUAGCCGCUUUGUUUUUAUCAUGCUCACACAGGACUUUGCAUCUGCAGUUCUUGGCUUUUUUUUUAUUUGUCAAACUUACAUUAUAGUUGUGUGGUACUGCAGUUUAAAAGCUUGGGUUGAUUUCAAAAGUCUGCUUGUUUGGUGCAUUCAUGUGCAAGUAUCAGGAUUUUGCAGCGAUAGAUGUCCAUUUAAAUUUUGUCAACGUGUAAAAAUCCCAGGUAAACAAUCCAUCUUGUUGCAUAAAAUCUCCUCAAGAACCUGAACAACCCUGUCCCAGAAUGUUUGUAUUUUUAUACAUGUGAUUGGCACUCGUCUGCUCACACUGUCUUCAGCGUUGCUGCUGUUUUUUUUGUUUUGUUUUGUUUUGGUUUUUAUGCGGUGUGUUAUAAAAAAGCAGAUUACAUUUUUAAUCUCAUUCUCAAUGCAAAAUGCAUUUUGUUUGUCCUGCAGUGUGAUAUCAGGACUAAAGGAAGGUAGUAAAUCAAUCAGCACAUACCCUCAGAGUCUCCUGUGGUCAGCUUGCUUGCUCUUUGUCAUAACUUUCAAGCGUUUUACAUUGAAAUAUUGCUGCUUUGAUUUCCACAAAGACCUGUAGCUAAAGGACCUCCUAAAACCUUAUAGAUCCCAGAGUGUCUUGCAUGGAAAGUUGACUCCUGUUCCCACAUGUUGCCGUCAUGGAAAUCCUGCUGGAACAUUUACGGGUUAAGGUGCAUGUGGGGUUUAGGGGUUUUUGACUGAACUUCACCACUGACGUUACCUCCAUCAAGGCGACUGUGGGCAAGGAAAAUGAGUAAUGACGAUAUGCCUUCUGCUGUGACAAUUGUAUGAAUUAACCUGUAUUACUAAGAUUCAUUUAAUAGAGUAUCUCUGGAAUAUGGCUUUUUAGGGCUAUGAAUUGUACCUUUUUUUUUUCUUUGAUAUGCUGUAGCAACCCGGGCACACAGAGAUUACAUUCAGAGCAGAUUUAUUAAUAGAGUGACAAUAAUGACGAUGAUUAAUAAUGUGAUUAUUUUAGGGAAGCAUGUGAUGUGCGCGCGGGCUUCACAUGUCUUCGAGUUAACUUCACAUUUAAAACAAGGCUCUUGCUCUUACAACUUCUCAGGAAAAUCUACCUCUACCUCCAGUUUGAUGCAUUUAAUCCAGUUCAAGUUACAGUUUAGUGGGUACAAAAAGAGGGCAUGGAAGUGGGCACCAGUGUCUGAAAUGAACUCCAACAUACCAGUGUAGUACUUCAGAUUAGUUAUGACUUCAACAAGUACUGUGGUGUAUUUAUAUAAUUAUAUUGGCUGGAAACAAAUAAGAAGCAGAUGUACAUUUAUCACCGUGGUCGGUGAGUGAGAGAUUUAUUUUGGACUCUGGGGUGUCUUUCUCUGUCUCUCUGUUUCUCUCUCCGUGUUACAGGUUCGUAACACAUCUGCUGUUUAGUUUAUUUGCGCAUCAACAGGGAACCUCCAGCUCAACAUUUAAGUACUACAACAAGUAGUUGUCGUACCACUUCUAGUACCACUGUCAGUACUGCGAGUCGUUUUUCACUCUGUUCUGUUAAUGUGUGCUUAUUCCUCCUUUUUCUAUAAAUGAUUACUUUUUUUUUUUUUUUUUGGAUGAAUGGGAUGUUUCCCAGUAACCACGGUAACAGUGAAGUGGAUGUGGGCAAUGCAACUGUUUUUUUUUUUUUAUCCUUUUUGUUUUCUUUGUUUUUUUUGAAGGGUGAAGAGCUGUUCUUGCCUAUUUACUCAAUAUGUGUUUGUGUGAAUACUUUUAUUUUGAAUCUGAAAUUAAUAAAAUAUCAUCUUUCUUAAAUGUCA